AUGGUGUCGUCAAUAUCACGGUCUAUACCUUCACCUGCCCCCAGGGCUCCGCCGCCGCAUUACCAGACGUUCCUUACUCCCAUCCUGCAUCGACGCUUUGUCCGAUCGUGCGCAGUUGGCAUCAUUGUAUGCUAUGUAGAGGCUUUUUUCAUAAGUAAUAAAUCGAGUUUCUUAUGGACACUAUUUCCAUUGAGCUCGACUGGGUUCAAGACUUUAGUCCUUUUCUUCUGCACGGCAGUGCCGGUUCUUAUCCUCCGCGUCUCUCAACUUCAUGUCGGUGUACGCGCCAAUCCUUCGGGGUUUCACACAUUUACGAGGAGUGUGGGCUCAUUCGGAACAUAUUCUACAAUCCUAACAUAUGUUUUUGCAUCGCUGGUCUUCAUCUCACUCUAUCUUUUGUCUUCAACAAAGGGCGACAAGUUGAGCUUCAUUGUGGAUGGAAAAACCUAUGAACGCCCCCGAUUGAACGAGCGCUUUAUUUAUUUAGUAUAUAGCGCUUCACACGUCGGCCUUGUGCAGGGAAUUCUUCAUAUUUAUCGUGACCGGGGAAGGUUGGAAUUUCCAGAUGUCAAUGUCCCUCCAAAUGAAGCUUUGAAGGCGCGUAUCCCAGUUAUUGUAAAGGAUGCCCUUACUCUCGCUAUUAUCGCCCUGUUCACUUGUCCUAUAACCUAUUUCUUCGUUCGAUCGGGAAUCUGGCACUACACUUUGAUAAUUGCUAGAACGUUUUUCUGGCUUAACCGUUCCAGCAGUGUCCCGUCAUGGCCGAUCGAUACGAUCUUCAGAAAUUUUUGGGUCGCUUUUCUACUUGGAUGCAUCUGGGAAUCGGUCCACACUGCUUUCAGUAUCUACUUCUCCGAGGAGCCAAUCAAGGAUGAGAAGACCAUCAGUGAGAAAUCACCAGAUCCAAACGGCACAUUAGUAUCUGGUCUUAGAGCAAACGGCCUCCUGACGCAGGUUAUGGCAUUCUCGGAGCUGGUUUUCAUCUCUCACAAUUCGCCCGCGAGGAGGAAGUCCAUAUUUACAGACGUUGAUAGAAAGCCGAUAAACAUCUGGGAACAGAUCAUGAAGGAAUGCCUUGCGGUGAUUGAAGAUGUGGAUUCAAAAUUGACCGGGGUUGGGAAGGCAGCUAGUAGUCCACUCCCAAAGAUUGCAUCCUCCCAUAGCACCGCAUUAGCCCUCAAAUCCCCCUCACCAGCAAUCCAGAUAAUUGCCGGCGAUACAGCACUUCUUACUCCCUCCUCUACUUCUUCUGGAAAAUUUCUAGACUCUAUCCAAUCUAAAGACGGUGCCCAUCUUAGUCUCAAUGACGUCAUGAGAAAACUGCCGCUUCAAACACCGUCCAUGGCCGAAGCUGAAGCUAGGUUUACUGAUGGUGUCAAAUCAAAGAUCGAACCAUUUCUAGCAUCUCCAUAUGGCAAAUCAUUCCGCCAAACUAUUCAGCAACGAACUUCAAUUCUCAUGCCCAAUGUACGCAUCCAAGUUAAUGCCGUUUCGUCGCUUGCCCGCCUAGUCACUGCCUCUUUGUCUGAGGACGACUACGGUGUUGUACAAAAACAUGUCCCGCUAAUCCUACAAGCAUUCUCGUCGACUAUCGAGGCUCUCAAUCGAUACAUGGUGAACCCGCCCAUACACUGGACUGAUAUCGAAGCCAAGAGUAAUCCCAAGUCGUUAACUCUGAGGGAGCCAGAGAUGCUCCUAAAGGCAUUGGAAGGCGGGUUAAGAGAUAUUGCGGUGGCUUUUAAGCCGUAUGUCAAAGACAUGGAAUUAUCGGCGGAGGUGAAAAGGAAGGUUUUGGAAGCUAAAGAGGAGGCGCUGCUAUAA